CGCGGCUGCUGAGGCAGCAACUGCUGCCACACAGUUUGCGUUUUGCUGCCCUUAGCGCUACUUGUCUUGCUGUCUUGCUGACAAACCGACGGAGCGAGCCAGCCACCGACCGACCGGCUGCCUGCCUCCCGGCCGACCGACCGGCUUACUGACGGACGGUUGCUUUCGCGGUCUAAGGUUGGAUGGAAUAAGGAAGGGAAGCACACUUCCAACAGUGAGAAGGCGUACUGCGUUCGUGCCGCUAUAAGUACAACCGAAACCACGGCACCAGUCCAGUUGUUCUGGUGAACUGUUUGUUCGUUCAUUCGUCUGGAUCGAUUUCCGUCGCUUCACAAUGUGCGGAAUCUUCGCCUACCUGAAUUACCUCGAACCCAAAACGCAGAGAGAGAUUUUGGAAUGUCUCAUCCGAGGUCUGAAGCGACUUGAGUACCGAGGAUAUGACUCAUCCGGCAUCGCUUUCUGUGGGGGCCCUAAAGACAAUCAGGUUAAGGUCAUUCGGAAGGAAGGCAAGGUCGCUGUGUUGGAAAACGCGGUUUUCGAGUCCGAGGAGAUUGACUUCGAUCGUACCUUGGACAGUCACCUCGGAAUCGCUCACACCCGAUGGGCGACUCACGGAGCGCCUUCCGAUCGGAACUCCCACCCGCAGCGCAGCGACGUUAGCAAUGGUUGGUGGAUGAAGAUCUUGUUUACGGAGUGA